AGUACCACGUGACUUAAAAUGUGGUCAGAUUUCGAAUGUGGCGAUAUUUUCGAAAAGUUACAGAUGAUGAAAAAAUAUAUAUGAGUAUACAAAUAAUGAGUUGUGGACUAUUAUAUUAAUCAGUUAUCUGUUAAAAAUAAUAUGGAAUCCUCUGACUUUCCUGACGAAGUGGCUAAAUUAUGUUACAAACAUUUUAAAAAAUUGCCAAAAAAGGGAAAACCGCAAGGGAUUAGAGACUGGACAUUGCUUGCUUGCAUUGCAAUGAGUAAAGAAUAUCCCAAGCGAAGUUUGAAGGUCAUUACAUUAACAACAGGUACAAAAUGCUUAGGUUUUUCCCAAUUAAGUGACAAAGGGGAUGUUCUCUUUGAUAGCCAUGCCGAAGUUCUUGCUCGAAGGAGUUUUAUUAAAUUCAUGAUGCAUCAUAUGCUUUUAGUGUUGCAUAAAAACGAUUCAGAGAUUUUGACUUAUAACGAAACAGAUAAGAAAUUUAAUCUUAGGCCUGGAAUUGCUUUUCAUCUUUUUGUGAGUCAUGUUCCAUGUGGAGAUGCUGCUAUAUUUCCUAAAAACCCUGAAAAUGAAGAAAAUUCUGGAGAACUUGUUCAGGGUGAUUGUGAAGAAAAUCCAUCUAAAAAGCUGAAACUGGAUAUUUCAAAUGAAUUAGACAACUCCAACAAUAACUCAUCUUAUGCUGUCCAUGAUAUAUACAGAACAGGAGCUAAAUGUGUUGAUGGUGAUGUUCAAGACCCUAAAAUGCCUGGAAAAGAUUUUCAUGUCAUAGGUGCACUUAGAACAAAACCAGGGCGCGGUGACCCUACAUGGUCUAUGUCUUGCAGUGAUAAAAUCGCUCUCUGGAAUGUUUGUGGGAUUCAAGGUGCUUUACUUUCAUCCUUGUUAGAAGCACCAGUGUAUUUGUCAUCCAUAAUAUUUGGCAAAUGCCCAUUUGAUUCAAAAGCAAUACAGCGUGCUGUAAUUGAAAGAAUAUCUGAUGUCACCUUUCUACCUUCUCAAUACUACAUCAACAAGCCUAUGAUAUUUCAAAGCACAAUAAAGUUUGAAUUUAGUAAAGGAAGUAUUGAAGAUAGAAUUGACUGUCCUUCCAUAGCUUGUCCAAUGUCUAUUAUUUGGUGUGACAUUCCUGGAUUCCUUGAAGUUGCUGUCAACGGAAGAAAGCAAGGCUUCACUAAAAAGAAUAUUAAUAAACCAUCGGCUAGAGUCAGUAUUUGUAAAAGUAUGUUACUGGAAAAGUUUCAAGAAAUUAUUCAAGUGAUGUCUGAAGAUUUUACUCAAAUGCCAAUUGAAGUCAAAGAUAAUUUUACUUAUCUGGAUUAUAAACACAUGGCAAAAUCAUAUCAAGAAGCAAAGAGUGUAUUUUGGAAAAUAUUUAGCACAUGGAAAAGGAAACCUGAUAAUUUGCAAAAAUUUAUUGUAUUAAGAAAGUCUCUGUACGACUUUUCAAAUGCAACCCCAACAUAUACUACAAACUGA